GUUUAAAUUUUAACAAAAGUGAAGUCUGUUUACAAUUUGCAGUUUUUGUUGGUAAUCUGCAUGUUAAAAAUAAUGGCGAAUGCUUUUCACAAAAGUUUGAAUUCUAUCGCAUGAUGGCAGCCUUAUGCACCGAAUCACGUUAUUUUACGGAAAUUAUGGAUUUUGAGUGCUUUGAAUUCGAGACUGUCGUGGAGACUGUGGAUUCAACGGCCGAUACUGUGAACUGUCCAUAUUCUGUAUAUAAUGUGGAUCCGGGGAUCCAGGACAUCAUUCUGAAAGUAAAUCAAGAACAACAAUCCGUCGAUACCGUUCCCGAAAAUGGAAAAAAACUGCCGAAUUAUCCAGUCCCUCUUUUGGCAAAACGGAAAAUAAGGAAGGUGAUGCAGCGGCCAAAGAAGAUAAUAAAAGCUGAGCAGAUGGAGAGCUGCAAACAACUUUCGAUUGAUGAAACUACUACUCAUCCGAAGCCGUCCGUGGCUGAAUCCGCCGAGAAAUAUUCUUCGUUGUUUAUCCCUGAACCGGAUGGCGAUCCGGGUUCUGGAAAUUUAGUAAUCGAUGUCGGAAACGUCGUGGACGAAGAGCACGCUGACGAUGGGAAAAUUUUCGUUAAUAAACGGAGAAAAGCUGUGGAAUUAAUUGAUUCUUCAGCAUCGAAAUCUCUUGAAAUUAGCCCGGUGAUUGUUGGUCAAGUUGAAAUUACGACUCCGGAUGCUCAAGUCAAAACGGCGACCAGUAUUCAACCGGAAUGCAGCAAAGCGGAGAAAAGAUCGCCCAGCGUUAGCCCAAGUCUUAAAGUUCUGACAUCGUCCGUUCUAGGAAAAGAAUCGGUGAAAUCUGACGGAAGUAGUUCAGAAGAAGGAAAGAGUUUUAUUUGCACCCAUAAAGGAUGUGGGAAAACAUUUCGGGACAAUGCCAGCAUGAGAAAGCACCAGCAUACUCAUGGCCCCCGAAUACAUGUGUGUGCUGAAUGCGGAAAAGCUUUUGUUGAGAGUUCCAAGUUAAAACGACAUCAGUUGGUACAUACCGGUGAAAAGCCUUUCCAGUGCACCUUCGAAGGAUGUGGAAAAAGGUUUUCGCUGGAUUUUAAUUUGAGAACCCACGUCCGCAUCCACACUGGGGACCGCCCUUUCGCAUGUCCAUUUGAAGGAUGCACGAAAAAAUUUGCACAAUCGACCAAUCUUAAAUCUCAUAUCCUGACGCAUGCCAAGCCAACGGUGCGGCGGAGCACUACCCUGGUACCAUUGUGCGAUCCGCCAGCGAAGUCACCGUCGGUUAUGAGUGCUGAAUCUUCGAGCAGUGUUACGACAACAGAGACGAUAAUUGUGAAGACACCGAAACUUCCUCGGAAAAAACGCCAAAGGAGAAUUAACAAGGCAUCCCUAAGCGCUGCACUGACUUCGGCCGUAUCAUCAUCUAUAACGCUGCCCCUCACCUCGACCCUCGGCGUCCCGGCCAUAUCUCCCAAAAUCCAAAUUCGCAAACUGCAGACCACUCCCUCCUGUAUUACCCUGGUCCCAGGGCAAAUAAUCUCGUUUCCGUCUGGAACUUCCGUUAGUGUUCCCAUUCAGUAUGCGUUAAGUAGUUCGCUCCAGCGUUCGUUUGCCACGGAGCGGACUGGUUUAAAAUUAGUCGCCAAAAGCACAUCGUAGCGUUAAGUCGUUCUCUUUUUUAUUGUAUUGCGUUCUAGUUUUGGAUUUUUGGUUUCAGCAUUAUUCUGGUCUUCUUUUUGCAAGUGAGUUGCCAAAAGGGAAUGAUUAUUUUUUGCCGUGAAUGGUUGAUUAACAGCUUCACAUGGCUAUGUCAGAGCUCCCUGUAUUUGUUUAUUUUUUAUAUCGAUUGUUCGAUGGAAUCCAGUGUUGCAAAUUUCCUGAUACGAUUUGUACUUUAAAAAGUGUGAGUUGUAAUGUAAUAAAGCUUGAUC